GUCAGGCUGUCGCGGAGAUGGAGGACGUGCUGGACUUCGGCGAAGAGCUGCGCCGCGGCUCGGCCACCUCCGGGCCCAAGAUGGGUCGCCGAGCUCAGCAGGAGUCAGCUCAAGUGGAGAAUCAUCUCAGUAACAAGAACUCCUCUUCAUUUCUGACUGGAGAGGCUCCCCCUCCCAAGCCACCGCGCAGGAAAGGAGGCUGGGCAGAUGACUCUGUGAAGUUUUCAAAGCCAGGAAGGAGGGCUUCUGAAGAAAUAGAAGAUCACCGGCUCAGACAGCAGAGCUUCGACAGAUCUGAUGACGAAGGAGAUAUCCCUGUUAUUCCGGACCUGGAAGAAGUACAGGAAGAAGACUUCGCCUUGCAGGUGGCAGCCCCUCCCAGCAUCCAGGUCAACCGGGUAAUGACCUACCGUGACCUGGACAAUGACCUCAUGAAGUACUCAGCCUUUCAGACCUUGGUGAGUGUGCCGCUUUUGCACAGAGGGACAGGCUCUGGGUGGUGCCUCCCCUGUGGGUCUCGGGGGCUGCAUGGUGACAGUCCCUUUGCCGGAGGCACCACCCUCGGGUAUUACAGCAUCCCUGGUCCCUGGCCUGUCCCGUGUCUCCCCGGGGCCGGGCUCCCACCUGCCUCCAUGGCUGCCCCCUGGCAUCAGCAUAGACCACAGCCCUGCAGAUGCACCCUCUUGGUGUGUGCCUUCCUGCAAACAAUGUCCAGCCUGCGCUGCCUCUCCGGGCAGGAGGACGUCGGCUGGGACUGGGACCGGCUGUACACCGAGGUGUCCUCGGAGCUCCUCACCGAGUGGGACCUGCUGCAGGCGGAGAAGGAGGAGCCCGUGGGGCAGCCCGCGCGCCCCUGAGCCCCGCGGCCGGCAGACUGCGCCCCCCGUGCAGAGUCCUUUCCGCUUCAGACUUGGGAAAACCGCGGAUAGCCCUCAACUAGAGAAGCUUGUGGGCGGCUUAGAAUUUUUAUAUGGAAUCUUUCGUAAUAAAAAUACUUAUUUUCGAUAGACCAUGUCGGGACAUUCCAGGGUAAUAAACUGCUUUAUUCUGUGGCC